AUGGCUUCGGAAGCAGCAACAGGAGAGCAGAACUUUGGAGCAAGCCAAAUGUCGGAUGGGGAGGAGACCCUCACGCCGCUCGAACAAGAAGUUUUGGAUGAAUAUGCGCGGUUGUUGGGAAACUUGAAUACUCUUUCCUCCCUCCUGCUAGACCUAUCGAACAACCCCAGCGCUGCCAUACUGGACGGACUGCGCGGCCUUGAACGGAAAACUAGUUUGGUGUUUACGCUGCUGAAAGCUAGUGUUUACAGUAUUGUGUUGAAUCAGCAGAUUGACACCGAGGGGGGCAGUAACGCUGGUGAUGACAACACUGAAUUAAGAGACUGA